UGUUUCAACUGACUAAUUCUCACAAAUGUUGGAUAAAAUCAAAAACAGCAUAGCUAUUCAUUAAAAGUGCUGAGAUGAGAUUUUGUGCCAUAUAUGAUCACUAGAAAAGUUAAAGUGAACAGAACAUAUUUAUAUUGUGCGUCAAGAAACAUAGUUCGUAAGCUGAAACUCAAAAACCUCCGACCCUAUGACGUAAUGUAAAAAAUGGCAGCGGCCUCAACAGUUAGACGUAGUUUACACGUUUGUUUGCUUUUGUUUUUAUUUUAUUAUUACCACAGUAACCUAGAGCGCCCACUUUGUCAUAAAACAGUCGAGAAGUCUACCUGAUAUAGCUAGUGUUUAAUUACUUAGCUAGUGUUUAAUACUUUUAUUAUUUUCAUCAACAACAAAGACAAACACGGCGUUAUUAUAAGCGUCGUCAUGGAUUAGAUACGAAUAGUUUUUAGGACAAACUAACUCUGGUCAGUUGUUUUAGUAGGCUAAUGCUGACCCGACCUGAAAGCAGGAUUUUGUAAUCUGCACUGUAGGCGUUUUAACACGGAAGAACAUGUGGCAUAAUCAAAGGGAGCUUGUGGGAUCAGUUUCAUUUGUUCCGGACACUAGUCUUCUGUCAGAAUGGCUGGAGAAAACUGUGCCUCUGAAGAUAAGCAGGAUUCCUCUGACGACUGCCGGGAAGAGACUUGUAUUUUCUGUAAAAUCGCGAACAGAGACGAUCCAUCCACUGAGAUAUUGGCGGAAGAUGAGGACAUUGUUUGUUUCCAGGACAUUUAUCCAGGUGCACCUCAUCACUACCUGGUUAUACCUAAGAAACAUAUCCAUAGCUGUUUGUCACUCCAAACCGAUGAUAUAAAUCUUGUGAAGAAGAUGGCGGAUAUGGGAAGAGAGGUACUAAAAGCCAAGAAUGUCACAAAUUUGGAAGACAUCAGUUUAGGUUUCCAUGUGCCUCCAUAUAUCACUGUCCCCCACCUGCACCUCCAUGUUCUAGCACCUUUUAGUCAGGUGUUUAAAUGGGUGAUAUGCAAGUACACAUCUUUCUGGUACCUCACUGAGGAGAAGCUGCUUCAAGAACUGACAGAGAAUAAAAAAGAAAAAAAGAAUGGGCAUGUGACAGUAGCACGCCGCCGUGUGUAGCUUUGUGAGCCUUAUUACCGAACUAAAAAACUUGAAAUCACAAAGCACUUUAGGGGAGAUCAGUGGUCAUUAUUUUUUUCUUUUUCAUUGUUUGGUUUGAGCCUUAAAAGCCUCUAUUAAAUGUUAUUUAAUAUUUUUUUAUAUAAUGCUUAAUUAUUUUAAAAACCAGGAUGGUAUGCUUAAAACUGACAAUCAGUAUUUUUAAAGUGUAAAUUGAUCAAUAUUAAAGUUAUUAAAGUUAUUAAAUGGAUGGAAAUGUUGAUUUUUGUGCAAUUGAUUAUCUAUGUUUGUACACAUUCUACAUGCUAAAUUGUGAAAGAUUUAUUGUACAGUGAGUCAUCAACACAUUCUUAGUCACACCCAGGGGUGUUUCUGGGAGGUGCCCAGAACAAUGUUCUCAGGGGGUCAGAAUCCCCCCACCCCCCUGGACGUGAUUUUGAGGAGGCCUAGAAAAAAUCAUUACAGUGUUCCCGAAAUCCUAGCGACACCACAGGUCACACCAUUAUGUUUUCUUCAGUGUUCAUGCUCAUGUUCUUUACAUAUUGAUCAGAGGGGCACAUCCUGUCCAAGUGUGCGGUUCUUGGCAUGGACAAAGGUUAAACAGGCUUGCAGUGCAAUCAUUGAAACAUGGAUCAUCCUCUAUUCUAUCUACUUGUUUUCUUUUUAUUUAUUAUAAAAAAUAACAACUUGGACCUCUAACACCAGCUCUCUCUAUUUGAUUUCUGUUCUAUCUAUGCUUUAUUCUUUGUAUUUUAUAUUUAUUAUUAAAAAGAAAAAAACUUCCGGGAAACCAUCCGGGACCUGUCACAUCACUUACAUGUUGGUUUGAUUGCUUCUGUUGUCCUCAUUUGUAUGUCACUUUGGAUAAAAGCAUCUGCUAAAUGAUUGCAUGCAAAUGUAAAUAAAAGAUGGUUUUCCAUAAACAGUA